AUGAGAUCGAUAUCGACGUUGAGAUCGACAUCAGAUCAGGCCAUUCUUCGAUUCUUGGUUGAAGAACUCAUUCAUAUGCUAAAUGAGAGUGGUGGUAACCCUAUAGAUUCCCGUGAUGUACUUAUUGAAGCGCGUGGUAACGGAAUCGUGAAGAGGAUAUCUAAACUUCAUCCCCCUUUCAUGGCAUUGGAGUAUCAGUUACUUUUCCCAUAUGGGGAAGAUGGGUUUCAUUUAAAUAUCCCUCUAACAACAACUUCUACAACAAACAAAAGAAAUAAUGUUAGUUUGAGGGAAUACUAUUGUUUUCGUUUACACUCUCGGAAGAGUGAAGGUAAAACUCUCCACAAAUCAGGUCGUUUGUUUCAUACAUAUGUUGUUGAUGCGUAUGUUGUAGUGCUCGAAAACAACAUAGAUUGGUAUAGGAGAAACCAAAAUACAAUUCGUUCAGAUUUGUAUAACCGUUUGGAGGACAGUUUUAUGUAG